GUAGAAAUUUAAUGUAAAUUAGGCAUAUGAAACGACCAAACAGAUCCUACCAUCCGUACAGCCGCGUUCGAGGUUUUUUUUAUGACUCUCAGUCUCUCACUUUCUUACACAUUUCAAACUCAAACUGUACGGUACAGUUCUGUACUAACAACAUAAUUUCCCUCCUUUUUAUUCCCCAAACACGACGGCGUUUCCCAAAUGGAACGCCACAACAACCGUCGUACUGACCGGCCACGUCCGCCGCCGCAGCCGAUCGUCGUACAACCAGGACAAGUAGCAUUCCGAGUAGUCUGCCACACGUCAAUAAUCGGCGGCUUGAUCGGCAACCACGGCUCGGUAAUCUCCCAAAUCCGUCGCGACACAGGCUGCAUUCUCCACUGCGAAGAGCUAGUCGGAGGCUCAGUCCACCGCGUGAUCAUGAUAGUAGGCCCCGCAGCAACCGGUAAAACCAUCACAUUAAACUCAGCCAACCGUCACGAAGACGGCGGAGGCGGCGACGGAGAGGAGGAGGUGGAGAAGGAGCUGGUGACGGUGGCGCAGGAGGCGGUGAUUAGGGUUUGUGAGAGAAUGUGGGAGGUGGAAGGUUCUUUAAGAAUGAGAAGAAAAGCUGCUAAAGGUGGCGGUGACCAUGAUGGUAAAAGCGUAGAUAGUUGCUUCAGUGAAGGGUAUUGUGGUCUUUUGGCUGAUACUUCGCAGAUUGGCGCCAUUGUUGGACGGGCAGGAAAUAAUGUAACGAGAAUGAAGAGAGAAAGUGGGGCCCAGAUUUGUGUUCUUCAGGCUCCACUCUGUGCUUCUAUCAGUGAUUCAUUAAUUCAGAUUACAGGUUCCAUUUUGGCUGUGAAGAAAGCACUAGUGGCUGUAACUGAAUGUCUUCAUGACUGUCCACCUUACGGAAAAGAUCCAAUGCUUUUGGCCAGACCUCGCGAUAGAGCUUCCAAUAUGUCAUCGUCUGAUCCACAUGAGGAAUUCUUCCCGCAUCUUAGUUCGUUGCUACCAUCUAUGAAUGGAAAUGGUGUUAAUUCUCAUUCUUUAUCUUCCGAUGUUAGCGGAGACCCCAAUCAGGAUGGGGAAACUGCAAAGCGUGAAGUUUCGUAUAGGCUGAUUUGCUCCAAUGGUGCUGCUGGAAGCAUAAUUGGCACGAAGGGGUCCAUUGUUAGAACUUUACAAAAUGAAUCAGGUGCUUCUAUCAUGUUUGCAGCACCAUUAAAUACGAGUGGUGAACGUGUCGUUACCAUUUCUGCAUUGGAGGACCUUGAGUCAUGGUACUCUCCUGCACAAAAUGCUGUUGUCCUUGUCUUUGCUAGAUCUAUUGAGCACAACAUUGAAAAGGGGUAUUCAUCAGGUUUGCACAAGGGUGCUACUGUAACUGCAAGACUCCUAGUGGCAUCAGUUGACGUGUGUUGCUUGAAUGGGAAGGAUAGCAACAUAGAUUCUGAAUUGAUAGAAGCAAGCGGUGCUGAUAUACAAAUUUUGGAAGCGGAACAGAUCUUGGAUUGUGCAUCAGAACAUGAUGUAGUAGUGGUGGAGAUCACUGGUGAGUAUGAAAAUGUACAGAAUGCUCUAUUUAUGGUUACUGGGAAACUCAGGAAUAAUCUUUUGCCCAAAGAGGUGCUUAAUGAGGGCAAAGCAAGGAGUCUCCAUGGAAGUGUAUUGGACAAUGCUUCUCUCAGAUUGCAUCAGUCAGCGGGACCGUCUCUUGAUUCUGAUCGAGAAACUACUUUGAUAAGAGGAAUGAAUCAGCUUGGGUUCUGCAACAGCUUAGGCAAUGCUUCACCAGGGCUGCAGUCAUCACAGUUUGGAAGAGAGCAUACAACAGCCAUUAAACAUCAUGACAACUGGUCAACCACAUCUGGCCAGGGUUCAGAAUUCGAAAGGUCUCUGAAUAGUUUUUUGCCCAAGGAAGUGCUUUAUGAGGUAGGUGAAAGAACCCCUAAUAGAGGACCGAGGUUGCAGUCAUCAUUAGGCAUAGCUUCUGAUCGUAUUCAGGAAUCUUCUUUAACACAAGGAAAAAAUCAACCUCAACAAUCCCAUAACAUUGGUAGUCCUCCACUGUUUUUGCCGCAGAAUGUGAGAAGAGGAUCAAUACCUCAUGGAGGGGGUGCAGAACUCGAGAGGAAGAGAUCUCCUGUUGUGGGAAAUACCAUGUUGGAGUUUACGGUUCCUGAACGAAUUAUUGGCUCUGUAUAUGGUGAAGGUGGCAGCAAUCUGGCUCGAUUAAGACAGAUUUCAGGUGCAAAAGUUGAAGUGAGCCAUGCUUCUUCCAGCAAAAGUGCUAGGUUGGUGGUUAUAUCAGGAACACCCGACCAAACCAGAGCGGCACAGAGCCUGCUUCAAGCCUUCAUUUUAGCACCUCAGUAAUUUCCAAACCACCUGUCUUAUAUAGUCUUCAGCUGGUUGAUAGACAUAGAAGUAGCAAGCCAUAACAUGUAGGCAUAGUAGUUUAAUGUUAAUAUCAAAAUCAUAGAAUAGAAUCAAUAUAGAGACUAAUAGAUCAAUCUGGCACAACAUUUUAUCAAUGAAUCUCUUUUAUUAUUAAACCAAGCACACCUUAGGAAUUAUUUAAUUCCUGACUCGUAUUAACAACAAAGGUUCAUUCGACCCUCCAACUUGGAACAAAAAAUCAAAAUAGUUCAAAUUUGCGGUUUUGAAAUAAAAAAAUCGUUAAACUUGUCAAUUUUGGGUCAGUUACACGCUAAUUUGACGUCAGUAGUGAUGGUCCAAAAUUGACAAGAAGAGGUUUUUUUUCCUCCAAAGCUACGAAUUUGAACUCUUUGGAUCUUGUCUCAAGUUGGAGUGUCGAAAUGAACCUCUGUUGCUCAUAUUUUAUUUAUUUUUAUUACAUAUUUCUCAUCAUUAAUCUCAUAAGGUUGAAGUGAACUCCCAAGAGAGUAUGUUAUGUGUUUCAACUGCUGUACCAGUAGCAGCAGAGAAACCUAUUCUAACCCAUGCAGGCAGUACUUUUGUGAGAUCAACUGUAUAUGAAAGACUGUAAAUCCCUGUGAAGAAAGGAUUUUUAUCGUCGGAUACAAAAACACUCAAGUUCUUGGCAUUAGAGUCGUAAUUCACCCAAGCAUUUACAAUGGCUCCGUUGUAAAUAUCAUUCGUCCAUCGAACAGUUGCCGCAGAAGCAAUUGAGUUAAUAUUGAUCCCCACAUGAUCAUAGUUUGGAUCCCAAAGAUUGUUGUACGAGUCGAAUUCAACUGCGACUACCUGAUUCUGUGUCGUCCCGUUGAUUGCAGUUUCAGGACUAAACAACGAAAGGUACCCACCAGUUGAUUUCGGAGGGAUUUCAGAACCAACUGGUGCGAGAAAAAAUGAUAGUCCGUCACCAUAAGAUGUUAAGUCAUUCUGAACAUCCUUGGCAACAAACGAAAAGCGAGAAGUGAAGUCUGCAACUUUUCCGGUCUGAGAAUCCCAAAUUUGAACCGGACGAAUAUACGAAACACGACCUCCACUGUAAGUAAGAUUGUUGUCUAUCUGAUUUCUUGUAAGUUGGAGAACUCCAUUGGAAGCAAAUGCAUCACCUUGAUAUGAUAUUCCUCCAAUAUUCGGAUAGAAAUUUUGGUAACUGAAAGCAAUCGAGUUCGCAUAAGGAACUAUAAGUAGCAAAAUGAUACAUGAAAAGAUAUUAAGAGGAGCCAUAUUGUUAAGUGUGAAUUGAAUGGAAAGAACAGGGAAGAUUGUAACUAUAUAUACACACUAUACAGGACUUUGUAAGAGCUGUAACGACUAGUUUCUCGUUGUUAAUUCUGAAAUUCCGAGGUUAGCCGGCUGCUGGAUGGGUCUGUACUUUGUUUCUUUAACGUAGGCAAUGCAAAAUGCAGAUGGGAAGAGGGGGAAAAUUAGUAGUUAUGUGUUUGUCAGAACUUGGUAUGCUGAGUAAUUAUGCACUGGAUCAAUUGGAAAUAUACUCCUUUUUGUUUGGAA